AUGAGCUCAUUAAAUCGAUCAUCGGCCUCUAUGCGCGAGCAGUCUAAAGAGCAAUCACCACAUCUACCGCACAAGACUACGACAUCCACAGAUACGGCGAGUCGGAGUGAUCAGGAUGAACUGAAUGAAAUUGGCAAUUGUGACGGUGACAAAGGUUCCCAGAUUAUCAGUAGACCCUUAUUGAAAUUGAAGUUGCUUGAUUCACUACGUCAAGGAAACUUUGAGAAUCUCAAGCAACUAAUCCAUGGCCAGUUCCAGCCGGCGGAUGAUCCCAACGUCAAGGCAGUCAGAAGUCUGACCCUACAUUACGCCGUUCAAGUGGCACCUUUGAGUUUGAUUAAAGAAAUAGUGCAAGAGUGGUGUAAAGACAAUCAGAAGGAUGCCGGAGAUCUCGACGUAUGUUUGGAUAUUAAUCAAACAGAUGAGAAUGGCAACACGCCGUUACACUUAGCUGCGUUCCAAACCCGUGGUGAUGUGGUUGCCUUUUUAAUGGACCAACCAAAUAUAAACGACUGCGUACUGAAUAACUCACACUUGCAGCCUAUUGAAGUGUGCAAAAAUUUGAAUAUUGCACAGAUGAUGCAAGUAAAACGGGCCAGUUACGUGGCCGAGACCGCCCAAGAAUUCAGAACUGCGUUUAACAAUAGAGAUUUCAGUCAUUUGGAGUCAAUUUUGAGCGCUCCCCGUAAUGCAGAACUUUUAGACAUCAAUGGCAUGGAUCCUGAGACUGGUGAUACUGUAUUGCAUGAAUUCGUGAAGAAAAGAGACGUAAUAAUGUGUCGAUGGUUGCUCGAACAUGGUGCUGAUCCCUUCAAGAGAGAUCGCCAGGGGCGAUUGCCUAUUGAUCUAGUCGGCAAGGUGAGUGAAAGUAGUACUGCUACAAAUACUAAAGCUGCAAUCGAGGUAGAGCUGAAGAAACUCUUGAGCAAGGCAGCCAAAGAACAGAGUGCUAUUGAUGUCACCAACAAUUUGAAUGAACCACCCACUUAUAAAGGAUAUUUGAAAAAGUGGACGAAUUUUGCACAAGGCUAUAAAUUACGUUGGUUUAUUCUCAGUAAAGACGGGAAGCUUUCCUACUUCAAGGAUCAAUCAGAUACUAGGAAUGCUUGUCGUGGUUCGCUGAAUAUGUCUAGUUGCUAUUUGCAUCUUGAUUCCUCUGAGAAGCUAAAGUUUGAAAUCAUCGGCGGCAGCGAUGGAACAAUCAGAUGGCACCUGAAGGCAAAUCACCCGAUUGAAACUAAUAGAUGGGUUUGGGCCAUUCAGGGUGCCAUAAGGUUUUCGAAGGAUAGAGAAAUGAUGACUAAGAGCGGAAAUAUUCCGCCCUCUCUUGCUAUGAGCAGAGGAGCCUCUUCUUCAACGACUGUGCAAAAGCUGCAUUCCUAUGAAAGUCAGCGUCAUUCCUCACAGUUGCAUUUGACUCAUGAUAGGAGAGAACCUUCCGCGGAUCAUCCUCAGGCAAAACAGCACAAUAGAAUUCCCUCAUCGUCGUCUUCGCGGGGAAAGCUAAGCUCCACACCGUCAAUCGCAUCGAGUGAUAUGGGUUUGAGUGACAAUCUGACAGAAUCGGGCAAGAUGUACGUUAACAAAAUUCUCGAGAACCGCUUGGAAUCGACUUCGCGAGCCUCCUCAAUCAAGAAUUUUGGAGCGGAGUUUCCAAACAAAGAGGCUUACGUUGCUAGUGUCCAUUCCUCCUCAAAAUCUAACGUAGUGGAUGCAAAUGGUAACGAGGCUCUCCCAGGAAAUCGUUCAAUUACAGGAAGCGAACUCAACUAUGUUGAUGACCAGACAGCCUCUGUUGACUUCGGGACUGUGUCUGAUGACGCCGAAGAUAAUGAAGAAGUCACCAAAGAAGAUGAUGAGGAUGUAGCGGUUCAAUAUGGCCCUUAUGCGGAAAAAUUGGCUAUUUUGCAAAGGACUAUUUCUAUGGAUUUAGCUUCUCUCACUGAACUACUAGAUUCAGGAAUCCCUGGUAAGGAAGAAUGGGAAAUCAUUCGUAGAUCACUAGCUUCUGUUUUGGGAACUUUUGAGAAAUUGAACUCCUUGACCUCAGCUAGAGACAAAAAGCUGGUCAUGAUGCUUUCUAAGCAACGUGAUGUUAAUAACGUCUGGAUUCAAUCUGUCAAGGACUUAGAAAUAGAGCUGAUUGAAAAAAGCAACAGAUUAGCAUCUCUAGAUAAGGAGAGAAAAAAUUUGAAGAAACUUCUGCAAAAAGGCCUCCUCGAUGCUGGUGAGGCAUCGAAUACAUCACUUUACAAUCUCAACCUAAAUGGCCCUAAUGCCACCGAAGAGACUCCAAAUGCACUUGACCAAAUCGCGAAGUUCAUCGACGCAACAAAAGAUGAGGAUGCAGGCUCCGAGGCUGAUGAGUUUUUUGAUGCAGAAGAAUUGGUUGAGGCAUCGAAUAUUGAGCAGGAGUUGAUUGAGCCGGUUGAGAAUGAAGUAACCGAAAGCAAAGCAGCGCUGAGGAAAGGGAAAGAAAUGGUUACAGAGGUUCACCCAGUUAAAGAGGACAAACUUCCAUCAUAUGAUGAAGCAGAAAGAAUACCGUCUGAGGAGGUUACGAAACCAGGUGCUACAAAGGAAAAAACCUUGCCAAAAGAAAAAGAGGGCAAUAUAUUCGCAAUCGUCAAGACAGCUGGGCAGACGAAGAAGGCUAGACUCAUGAUGGAGGAAGGCUCAUAUCUAGGUUAUGAAGAUGGUGUUAGGAACCGAUUGAAGCUUGAUAAAGACGACCGCCCAUCCAUAGGUCUUUGGUCGGUGCUUAAAUCUAUGGUUGGUAAGGACAUGACAAGGAUGACGUUACCAGUGACGUUCAACGAACCUACUUCUCUGCUUCAAAGAGUUGCAGAAGAUCUUGAAUAUAUCAAUUUACUGGAUGAAGCUGCCAGUUUUGAAGAUUCCACUUUAAGACUCUUGUACAUUGGGGUCUUUACUGCAUCUUCAUACGCUUCGACAAUCAAAAGGGUUGCUAAGCCAUUCAAUCCUUUACUUGGGGAGACCUUUGAGUAUGCAAGACCAGACAAGCACUACAGGUUUUUUACCGAGCAAGUUUCGCAUCAUCCCCCCAUUUCUGCUACUUGGACCGAGUCGCCUAAAUGGGAUUUCUGGGGUGAAUCCAACGUCGACUCGAAAUUCAAUGGUAGAUCCUUCGCAUUCAGACACUUGGGGUUGUGGUAUAUAAAGAUGAGGCCCGACAACCAAUCUCCCGAUGAAAUCUACACCUGGAAAAAACCAAACAACACAGUUAUCGGUAUCCUCGUUGGCAAUCCGCAGGUGGAUAAUCACGGGGAUGUCAAAAUCGUCAAUCACACGACAGGCGACUACUGUAUGCUGAAUUUCAAAGCCCGUGGAUGGAGAUCAAGCGGCGCCUACGAGGUGAGGGGCGAAGUCUUUAACAAGCAAGGUAAAAAAAUGUGGGUCCUCGGCGGUCAUUGGAAUGACUCGAUUUAUGGUAAGAAAGUGACAUCCAAUGAUAAUGACGACUUUGCCCUACAAAAGACCAUAACCACAUCUUCGCCAGCAACCGCCGGACCAAACUUCGAUGGCAGCAAAUUUCUAAUAUGGAAAGUUCACCCAAGACCUGACGCUCCAUUCAACCUGACUCCUUUCGCAAUCACUCUAAAUGCCCCACAGCCAAAGCUUUUACCAUGGUUAGCACCAACAGAUACCCGUUUGCGGCCAGAUCAACGCAGUAUGGAGGAAGGGCGAUACGAUGAAGCAGGUGAAGAAAAGCAUAGACUGGAAGAAAAACAGAGAGCAGCACGUAAGAGAAGAGAGGCUGCCAAGGAACAAUAUCAUCCAAGAUGGUUCGUCAAAGAAAUUCACCCAAUAACCAAGAGUCCAUACUGGAGAUUCAAAGGUGACUACUGGAAUUUGAGAAAACAACACAAGCUCGACAACUGCGAAGAUAUAUUCUAA